ACGGAUUUAAAUCAAAAACAAAAAUAAACUGCUAUAAAUACAAACAACACUUAAAAUAAUAAAGAAAUAGUAACAAUGAUAUCUGAAUUUGCAAAAGAAAAAGUGUAUUGGACGAGAAAAAUGAAUUUAAAAUUAGUCAAAUUCAUGGAAAGCAGACCGAAUAUUUGGAACCCUAAACAUCCAAAGUACACUUCGUUAAAAUAUAGAGACAAAACGUACGCAGAAUUCGCUUCUUUGUACGGUAACGAGUUUACAGGACAGAUUGUAAAAGAUCGUUGGACGAAUAUACGGUCUACCUUUGCCAAUUACUUGAGGAAAGUAAAAGCAAGUCAGGCUAAAGGCGAUGGAGAGCUUUACAAGGUAACCUGGCACUUAUGGGAUGCCUGCAAGUUUCUACUUAAAGUUAACAAAAACAUUCAAGGGGAUGCAAAUGACUGCAGUAAUAAUGAUUUAAAGGAUGAAACAGAACAAGAGGACCUAUCAAGUAAUUCCGAUAACUCCGAAAAAUCUUACAACAGUGACCCUACAUGUCAAAAUAUAGCUAAUGGUAUUCUAAAUGUAUUCCGUGGAGUUCAAAAUGAUGUUUUCGGUUUAGAAAAUACGAAGUAUGGACAAGUAGGACAAUUAGUUGCUCAAAAAUUAUCACAAAUGAGUUCCUAUGAAGCAGCACAAAUGUCAAAUAAAAUAACAGAAAUAUUGUUAAUGUACCAUGAAGAUAAUCCUUUGAAUCCAAAUAAUUUAAAAUCAGAACUAAACAUAAGUUGAAUGUUAAUGUACAGUCAACCAAGUUGUUUAUACAGGUAAAAAUAUACUUACUAACGAAUGGUUAAUACUAUAGUUGGGCCAUUACGAAUGUGUGAACUAUCACAUCAAAGGAAUGGGACAAUGCAGCACAACUUGCACAAGUGUGAGAUUUGAUAAAAAUGAUUUACGACCAUUUGCAUGUUUGUAAUGACCCAACUAUACUAACUACAAUACAGAAACAGCUCUGUACUGCAGUGGCAUGCACAGAUUUUCGAGAUAGGGUAGGCAACUGAAUAUUGUAUGAUGAACCCCUUCCCCGUCGUACAAUCAUAAUAUUCACACAAGACAUAGGUACUAUUAGGUACCUAAGUAUACUGCAUGCUCUAUAUUGUCUUACCUGCAUAUUAAAUAACUGCGGGCUGUACAUAAUUACAUAUAUAAUAUAGUGAUUAUCUUCGUUUUAGUAUGACACUCAACUUCUGAGUUAUGGACUACAUCUUGACAUAUUUCUUGAGAUGCAAUAUUAAACUGUGUGAAAAAUAAAUUCAGUUUUAUGAUAGACCAAUAUCACAGUAGACACAGUUUUAUUAAAAUGAUUGUUACAAAAUGAAUAUAAUUUUUUUAACAAUAAUUACUAAAAUAUAAGGUAAGUACAUUGAAUAUAAUUAUAAUGAAUUUCAAUGAAAUCUAAGGAA